CUAUUUUUUUCUUGUCUGGCCUCAUACAAGGAGCCGUUUAAGACGGGUCGCAGUCACACAGAGCUUGCAUUCAUAGCCUGGCACAGCGAGCGAGCGAGCGAGGGGGCUGGGGAAGCCUGCAGUGUCACCGUGGUGGAAAGGAACUGGAGGAUUCUCCUGCACAAGCCACCGGCAACUUUUCCUUAGUACUGAAGUCCGCCGUUGGAAUUCCAUCGCCUGAGUCGCAGAGGAGAGAGACACGGGGGCGUCAUCGGAUAGGUGGGCGAGUUUGGUGCUGAUUGCUGUUCUUUAGCAGGUAAACUGGGGUCUAAGGUGCGCGCUGAGCCGCCUAUGAUACCAACCACACGGAUGGAAAGAACUUUGAUGUUCAACCCUCAUCGAGUUUUACAACGGAGGCUGAGAGUAGAGACAGAUUGGCAGUUUAUAUUAUAAUUCAACAGAGGUCAGAAGUGAAGAUCAGACACAUCAACAUCAGUGCAGAAGAGUAGGGACCAAACAGUAGGCAGCCAACAGUUUUAGGGAAAAAAAAAAAAGAGUCAAGCGAGCAUCUUCAUGAAGAUGUCCAGAGAGGAGCAGAGCUUGUCAGAUGUCGAGCUCAGCCCCGGCAGGUCGGACGACAGCCGAUCACCCGGUCAUUCGUCCGGCGCCGGCGGGGAUGAGUCGCCCCUCCACGGGCAGCAGCUGCUAGAGGUUCUGGAUGACGGCACGAGGGGACACCCCCCGGGUAAAUCCGACGAUGAGGAUGAGCGAUUCCCGGCGGGGAUCCGUAAGGCGGUCAGUCAGGUGCUCAACUGCUACGACUGGACAUUGGUGCCCAUGCCCGUGCGGGUGAACAACGGCAACAAGGGCAAGCCGCACGUCAAGAGACCCAUGAACGCCUUCAUGGUGUGGGCGCAGGCGGCGCGGAGGAAACUGGCAGACCAACACCCGCAUCUGCAUAACGCCGAGCUCAGCAAGACCCUGGGGAAGCUUUGGAGGCUUCUCAAUGAGAGCGAUAAGCGACCGUUCAUCGAGGAAGCGGAGAGGUUGAGAAAGCAGCACAAGAAGGACUACCCCGACUACAAAUAUCAGCCUCGACGCCGCAAGAACGGAAAGACUGGUUCCGGAUCAGGGAGUGACGCAGAAGGCCAUAUGGAGGGUGAGAUCAAGCAUAGACAAUCCAUCUACAAGGGCCUUCAUCUGGAUGUGGUCUACACAGGGGGGGCUGGGUCCCCUCUGGCAGAUGGGCAUCCCCCUCAUGCUGCAGGUGGGCUGCCGGCUCCCUUGACCCACCUCACGAGUCACAGCCACAGUCCUCCUACACCACCAACCACACCCAAGACAGAAUUUCAGUCUGGGAGGGCAGGGGAUGGAAAAAGGGAGGCUUUGGGAAAUGGGGUUCUCCGUGGCCCAACGGGAGCCGAGGGUAGUUCAGGUGCCGCAGGGUCCGGAAAGCCUAACAUCGACUUUGGCAAUGUGGACAUCGGUGAGAUAAGCAACGACGUGAUGGCCACCAUGGAGCCUUUUGAUGUCAAGGAGUUUGACCAGUACCUUCCCCCCAAUGGCCAUCCAGGAAUCGGGCAGAGUGCUGGUUCAGGAACAGCGACGCCCAUAACCACGGCGUCUCAUUACACCUACGGGAUCUCCUCCGCUCUGGCGGCGGCCAGUGGACACUCCGCCGCCUGGCAGCCGCAACAACAUCACGGCUCCCCUCUGAGCUCAGACCCGUCCAAGACCCAGAUCAAGAGCGAGGCCUUUUCAGAGGCGGCAGGAGCCGGUUCUCACGUCACCUACACCUCUCUAAGCCUCCCUCACUAUAGCACUGCCUUCCCCUCGCUGGCAGCCAGGGCUCAGUUUGCCGAGUACGCCGACCAGCAGGCCUCAGGGUCGUACUACGCUCACUCUGGCCAGGCGCCGAGCUUAUACUCGGCCUUUUCUUACAUGGGGCCCACCCAACGGCCCCUGUACACUACGAUCAGCGACCCAUCCGGUGUGUCACAGUCACACAGCCCCACACACUGGGAGCAGCCCGCCUACACUACACUGUCGCGACCAUGACAGAUAACCAAACCAGAGGGCGCCGGUGCCGGCCCGGCCCCCACGCCCGACCCGACGAGCUGCAGCCGUUUUGGUGAAUGCGGUCUGGGCGGAGGGGAGUGGGCUGGCACCGGGGGAGCCGGCUGGGGAGACAGGAGGGGAGAAAGCCCAUACUGUUCUCGCCCGGUUGCGGAAAUGCAGUCAGAGGUGAAGGCUGAGUUUGGAGCGUGGUGUUUUGACCAUUUGAUGCAAUGAGGUUUGAAAUUUAAAAUCUCCAGCGCUCCAAACGACACAUUUAGAUCACGAACGAUGGCUUUCUGCGUGGAUGUGAGCGAGCAGAAUCACAGCUCAUUCCAAGAAAGAACGUAUUAAACCCUGAGCAAUCAUUCAAUGUAUUUUUUUAUUUGUUUUAUUGAGGAGAGCUCAAGAUUUUUGCUGGUCCGUUCACAUCUCAGGCACGAUUGAGAUAUAUCGCAAUUUGUCUUGAUUCAGCAAAACAAUAUGCUAACACUGACUUUUUAUUAGGCACAUUUGUUCCUAUCACUCUGUUUCUUUAUAUAUAUAUUUUUAAAAACGAAUCUGCAUAUGGGAGGAGAGGGGUUGCCAUGAAGUAUCAUAUCAUUUUUUAUUUUUUUUUAUGAAGUCAACUUCUCACGUUUUUGUCAACAUUUCCACACAUGAGCAAAUUGUAAAAUCACCAAAGUUUUGAAACCAAAAUGUAACAAGGAAACUAACAUCAUCAAGGUAUCGCCCAAUAAGAUACCUAAAUAUCGUAAAAUCUGAUCUUGCAAAUUGGUACGUAAAAGAUCAUGUCAAAUUUACAUUUAAUUUCAGUCAUGUAAAAACAACAAAGAAUAUUUAUACUUUAUACUUUAUAAUUUGUUUCAACAUUAUACUCUUCUGCCUUUAUUAUUGCCACUGAAAGUCUGUUCCACUGUGAAUUGUCACAUGAUUGUGCAUGAGUUCCGAUCAACGGCAAUUUUGACGAAAAUUGCCUCAUGCAGAGAUCGGCUUUCACAAAGUUGUAUUUUCAUAACAUUUAAUUGCUACCAUGCCUUAUCUUUCAUUCUUGCUUUUUACUCAUGAAAUUCAAAUGUAACACAUUAUAUUUUGUCACAAUUAUUAUUCCUUAUUAUGUUAUUCAUCUCAAAUGUACUUUUAUCUUCACUUAUCCUACAUAUAAAAAGCUGGAAAACAUGAAAUGACAUUUUAAAAUCACUUUUACUAUUUUAAUCCAAUUGCAUGCAGCUUUGCUCUCCUUUAAAUUUAAUGUACAUCACCAUAAUUUUGUGUUUACGGUAAUGCUGUAAUCUUCUUUUUUUUCCUGUUUUAUUUACUUUUGCUGUUACUUGAUGUUUCUUCCAGUUGUGUGUGACAAUUGCACACCAACAGCAGAAGCUUAAACAUGCGAGGAUGAUUAUUUGCACUCAUUUAAAAUAAAACUUUGCCUUACAAGAA